AUGCUUUCAAAAAUACUGCAUGUUUUCUUGUACUUUAUCACAUGCUGUGGUCUUCAAUCGUGCAGCACUACGAACCGAACUCGAACGAGGACAGAAAAUGAGCAAGACUUAGAAGGUGGUGUCAGACUCGACCCAAUCGCAGACCCUGAAGAAGAACGCUCAUAUGGAGCCAGUUCUGGCUUGAACUGGUUUGGUGGAAGAUCAAAACGGGGAAUGGACUACAGUGUUACCACGGAUCCGCGUCAGAGAAGGGAAACAAGGCGUUGCUCUUGGGUCCGAAGAAACAAAAUUUCUCCAUCAUUUUUGCCUGUCGCUGGGGAACACUUGGCCGAUAAAUCUGAUGUGAACAGACAAAAAAGCAAGGAGCAAGGCAAAAGGCUGGAUGUCAGUUCCGUCCAGGACGCAAAUGACGAAAUUGUUUUUGGUCUUUUUGAGACAAAAGAUAGUUUUUCGGAGAGGCAGAAUAGCGCGCUUGCUUUGCGAACUUUUGCAACUUGUGCUCGCUUGAAUGCGAAUUUCAUGCGCCAGACCGCUUGGACUCCGACAACUGAAUCUGAGUGCGAUAGUAAUGGGACAGCAUGUUCUCCUUACAGUCAAAGAGAAGCAAAGGCAAGACAGUCGGUUUGGUCGAGGAUUACUUUCGCUUGGAAUGUGGUCAGAAGAAGAAUUUUUGAUGCAGGGGCUAGAUUCUCUCUUAAAUGUGGCGAGGGCUUUCCUGGUACAAGCACUGAAAGAAAUGAUAACGGCAUCUCUGAUGACAAAAAGGAAAGACCAAAGAUGUAUUCCGAACAUAAAAAAGGUGCAAGGAGUUUCUUAAGAGUCGGUAAAUUUAAUAAUAAAGGUUUACGUUCCUCUAGGUCGACAUCAAGGAAGCCUGUAGCAAUUCAUAAGCUUGGAGAAAACGAGUCAACUAAUUUUGACCGGAAUUUGUAUAUGCGCAUCAACAAACUCACUGUCACUCAUGACAUCUGUCAAUCUUCGUUAAGUGAUCCUUUUUUUGUCCAAGAAGGCGCGGUUAUUAAAUCUGAUGUGCCUGUCACUUAUAUCACAAUCAAUUCGCAAGGUACUGAUAAAGGGAGCUCCAAUGAAGAUAAACCUCGAUUAAAGAAUUUCUUCGGAAGAUUUACGCGAAGAACUGGAAUAUUUGACUCGAAUUAG